GUAAGCAGACUCCUCCUUUACUGCAGUCUUCUUUUCGAUUGGUAAAAUGUCUUUGAGGGCUCAUGUAAGGAUCCCACCCCUUCUCUAUGUUUUCAUUCUGAAUCAAUCCACAACUUUACACCUGCAUGAGUGCCAAGCCUCUGUGGAUAUAUAAGGGAAACCUUCAAGAGGCAUUUCAGAGUUACAGGGAAGAAGCUGAAGAAAAGGAAUUCACCCAGCGCGGUCAGACAGAAACCGAACCAACCAUGAUUCUCCUCCCUGCCAUUCACUUCUCCGGCUUUCUCCUAGCUUGCGUCUUCAUGAAAAGCUGUUUGGCUUUCAAGAAUGAUGCCACAGAGAUCCUUUAUACACAUGUGGUCAAACCUGUUCCAGCGAGCCCUAGCAGCAACAGCACGCUGAACCAAGCCAGAAACGGAGGCAGGCAUUACGGCAACACUGGAUUAGAUCGUAACAAUCGCGUUCAAGUUGGCUGCCGGGAACUGAGAUCCACCAAGUACAUUUCAGAUGGGCAGUGUACCAGUAUAAAUCCUCUGAAAGAGCUUGUGUGUGCUGGUGAGUGCCUUCCUUUGCCAGUGCUCCCCAACUGGAUUGGAGGAGGUUAUGGAACCAAGUACUGGAGCAGAAGGAGCUCCCAAGAGUGGAGAUGUGUCAAUGACAAAACGCGCACACAGAGGAUCCAGCUCCAGUGUCAAGACGGAAGUACAAGAACCUACAAAAUAACUGUGGUCACGGCCUGCAAAUGCAAGAGGUACACCAGGCAGCACAACGAGUCCAGCCAUAAUUUUGAGGGAACCUCUCAGGCAAAGUCCACCCAGCAUCACAAAGAGAGAAAAAGAGCCAGUAAAUCCAGCAAGCACAGCUCAAGUUAGAAGUCAGGCAACCCUUCCCCCAAAACUGAACUCAUCUGUAACCAUCUUCUUUACAGAUCUGACUGCUUAAAAGACAAGUCUGCCAUUGCUGUGUUCUCACUUGAUGGUGCAUUGCUUUGAUCAAGCUCAAAACGGCAUUCUGUGCAUAUGGACCUUUUUGGUGAUUUUCCAAAUGCUCCAGAUGGGCAGUACCACAAGCCUUCCAACCCCACACAAUGAAGUCUUACAUUUUUUUGAGGUGUGGAGGCAAAGAAUUGUCCCCAUGAACAUUCACUGAAAUUUUAUUUUUUAGAAAGGUGCUUUGUUGUGAAUUUUCACAGGAACAGUUGAUUAGCAAAUGUCUCUUGCCUUCCGAAUAAUAUUUUAUGAACUUUUGACACAUCUGCUUAAAAGCAGCAACCAGUAACUGUUGUCAGUUUCAUUCUAACAAAACAAUACCUUGCAUGCUGAUCUUUUUCUUCUAUCUACCCAAAACUAAAAUAUGCAUGGCAGCAAUUGAAAAGUAAAGCUGAAUAAACUAUUUAUUUGUCACUGUAAUUAUUUAAUGAGCUUUUUACAUGUAAUUUUUUUUUCAAAAUGUUCAUCUUAUGUUUUAUAGCUUUUUCCAUGUAUCAAAGUAUUUUCCUAUGAUUUGUGACUGGAUUAGAAUAUACAUUUUGUAGAUAAUGUGAAAUAGAUGUUUUAGCAUUCUUGGUACAUAUAUAUAUAUUUCAUUCUGAACAUUAAUAGUUUUGGGUUUUAUUUUGCAAGUAACAUUUUAAAAACUAAUUUGUACAUCAUAAGCUCUGUAUUAUUUUUGUUUAAAGUGUGCAAUCGAAAGAUAGAUAUGAAUUCCUUUCAAAUUCAUCUGUUUCUCUCUCACACACUUUUUUUUUUAAACAAAAUAAACUGCUAUAAAGAUAUAUUGUCUUUGGGGUUCUAACAUAUAUGAAAAGGCACACAUUUUUGACCAAUCAUGGCAUGCAAUCUAAUAAAGUGGGAUGUUUUACACUACUUGAUUUAAGGCAAGUGCCAUAAAAAGUCUGGCAGCAAUAUUUAGCAUAAAAAUAACCUUUCAAUGGAUUCCUUUGGCUUGUAGAAAUCUUAUGUGACCAUCUAACAGCUGGUGCUUAUUAGUAGUACAAACCAGGCUCAUAUUUAACAAUUCUCAAUGUGUACAUUGUAGAAAAUAAAUAUAUAUUUGGGAGGUUUUACAAGCUCAUAAAACCACCCCAAUUUAUUUAUAUUUUUCCAUUAAUGAUUAUCAAGUUACAAACUUAUGGUUAAAAUAGUAAUCAAUAUAAUCUUUCUUCUAAACACAAUUUAAUCCUGCACAUUAUUCACUAAAAGUUGUGAAAUAUGUUGUAAGCAGUCAAUUUUUCAACAUAGACUGGGAAUCAUCUGUUGUUCAUCAUUCCGACUGUAUUAAGAUUGAGAUGAUUUUCAUCAAUAUUUGUACUCAAUGGUUACUCUGUACUGGGGUAAACAGUAAGGGCUAGAUUCCCCAAUCUGCUGCAUCGUUCUUAACUGGUAGCAUUUUACACCCUCUUAGCACUGAUGUAAAUGGCUAUCCAAGGAAGAGGGCAAUGGAGAAUCUGGCCCUAAUAAAUGUAUGCUGUACAAAACUCCUCUUUGACAGAAUAUUUCUAUCAGUCCACCUUACAUUUUAAAUAAAUAAGGCCCAAGAACCGUAUUGUGCCACCAUUUUUAAAGCAGAACUCCUCACUGGUUAUUAAUGAAGAGCCCUGUUUAAAAAUGCAUGCCACAAUUUGGCUGCUAGGAAACCAAAUUUUAAUGACACAUUGAAAAAGUCUUUCUAAUUACAUUUGCUUCCCCUUACCUAUUUUUUUAAGAACACAUAUGAAAGUAAUAUUAUGUAUGAGAAAAAAAGGGAAAAUGUUCUUGUAGUUGUGCUUUUCUUCCUAUGGUGUUAUCACCUUGACUUUGGAAAUGGAAAGAGAAAAAGAUGAAAUCUAUCAUCCUAUAGAACACACAGCGUUAUAUAUUUAAGGAAAAAAUACAUAAGUUAAUAACCCACAUUGUUUUCUUUAAAUUAACUUUGGGAGAUCAUGGAAAUGCCAGACUAAUUGGCCUGGGUCUGAGGACCUGAAUCUCAUUUAUACCAAACCUCUGCACACCACUCUGGCAGAUUAAAUAAUCCUUCAUUUACAUCCAGUUUAAGGCCCCUACACUCUAAAACCCUUUUACACCAUUCUUGUAAUGUAAAUGAGAAAAUGUUUUCCCACAAAACACAUAUAAUCUGGGCAGCAUUAUAUCAUGCUUCACCAUGCCUUCCUGCUAAGGGGUCUCAACCUUAUUAGGAAGAACCACCUCUAGCACUGAGAGGGUAGUUCAGUCUCCAUUCAAAUUCAGUCUUUGUCUUCUUCACCAUAUCUACACAAGGACAAUGGCUCUUUGCUGACAGUGUUGUCAGCAACUGAUCUCCAUUGGGUCCUACCCAAUUGAUGCUUAAAAUGUGUAGACAGGAAAAACCAUACCCAGCAAAUGUCUGGCAUUAUGGUCUAUCAAGUUUCUAACACCCUUUUUGUAAUGAUGUUGAAAAUUAUUUUAUUCUAGCAGCUAAACUAUUUUCAGGACCAGUUUAGGGGGGGACAAGGAGGUCUUGUGUAGACAGGACCAAAAAGUUAAGUGUCUUUUGUUAUUGCACAGUUUUUGGUCAUGUGGAGACUAGGAACUAAACGAAAACCAUCAACACAUUUCACAGGGGACACAAAUAGCCAUCAAUCACUACAUGCAGCCAACACAAACAGGUUGUGUGUGUUCUAUUAUCUAUUCCCUGAUCAAUUGAGUUACUAAUCCAUUAAACGGAAGAAGGAUGGUCUUGUGGUUGAAACUGGGCUGAGAUUCUAGCAAUUGACAGUCAAUUCCAGGUUUUAGAAUCACAGAAUCUGGUUACUCAUCAAUUAAGUCAAUGCGACUAAUCAAGAGAUAAAAUGCUACUUAACAUGAGUGAGGGUGGGAAAAUCUGGACCUUGAUUUCCUUUCCUAUCUCACAGGAAUGUUGUAUGACAAAUCUAUAAAUAUGCUGAAGGGGCUCUCAUAGAUUAAAACCCCAAGAUAGAUCAAAUCCAAGUCUUUAACAUAAUACAGAAUUUAUCUUCUUUCAUCUUUAUGAGUAAGGCUAUUCCAAAUGCCAACAAAUGUAUCCAUUCUUCACACUAAUCUUUAGACAUUUAGGGCUUGUCUACAUGGCACAGCAAUCCACACUAGAAGAGCAUGAAUUCUAAAGCACACUGAUGUAUUGUGCACUAACUGCCCUGUGUAGACCCUGAACUUUUAGUGCACACCAGCAAGGUCUACAUAAGCCAGUUACUGUGCAGCAUGUUGAUGUGAUUUAGAAUUCACACUCCCCUAGUGUGCAUUGCCGCAUGAUGUAGACAAGCCAUCACUCAAGAUGAAAAAACACUGAGGUUUAAGAUAAUUAACUAACUUCAACUUCCGUAUACACUGGCACAACUCUUUUGAACUCAGUCGAAGUCUGGAGUUACUCAAACCAAUGGAAAUGUGUCCGCUUACACAUGGGGUGAGUUUGACUCUAAUGUGAUUGGAGUACAAUGCCCAUAAUAAUAAUAAAAAAGGGCAUGACUAUCAUGUCCUAGUCUUAGCUCCCCUUUAAGCACAGUGAGUUUUAGUUGUAAAAAUAAAAGAUAACUUUAGUAAUGAUUCUACUCUUAAGAAUACUGUUAGUAACUUUACACCAGAUCAUCUGUUCUUGGAGUAACACGUACAGGGGGCUUCGAGGGAUGGAUGAUUCUGAACAGAGAAAUUUUUAUGAGGAUCCCUUCACAGUGUCUUGCUGGGGGAAAUGUGGUUUGGCCCCUCUCCCCCCAGAAAAGACAACAGGGUCCACCCUCAAAUUUGGUAGAUCUCCAGGGACCUGAGGGAGGCCAAUGACAUCCUAGUAGAGUCCCUGUGUAUCUGCAGUGGCUCUGGCAUUGCCAGGGGUGAAAGUAACUUAAAAGACUUACCGGUAUUCUGGAGUCCUGAGCAGGGGGC